UACUCGCCUUUAAGGGAUCAUAUUCAACUCUUUGAUUACUGAGAGAAUUUCUCUCCGGUCGAGGUCAUGUCUUCUGGUUCAGUUGUCUUUGGGUCCGUUCUUGUUGGUGCUCUCGCUGUUGCUGUCUUUAAGUGGAGACAAAGCAGAGGAAGCAAAACAGAUGAGCAUUCCAACACAGCUGAGAGGAAGUCAACAGAAGCUUUGAAGCCAGAAAAUGAAACCAAACCUGUGAAGCAGGAGAACGAGGUCCAGACAAAUGAGGUCAAUGAAGGCAAGACCAGUGAGAUGCCUACCUGUGAGUCUCUGAUCAAAGGUAUAAAAGCUGAAGUCCAGGAUGAGAAUGAAGGGAAUACCAAGCUGCAAACAGCCGAGAAGGAAACAGAGAUCAACAACACUGAGGUGCUCAAACAGACAGUCGAGCAGCUGGAGAAGACACAAGCUGAACUCCAGAGCAAGACUGAGGAGAUCUGUGAGCUGAAGGAGGAGCUCGAGAAACUUGAGUGGCUGAGAAACGACACCCUUAAAGGGAUGGAGGAGUCACAGACGAAGUUCACCAAGCUUACCCUCGCUAUCAAAAGGAUGGAGAAAUUGGAGGAGUACACAGACUUGGGCAAGCUCCAAUCACUCUGUUCUGAGAAUACAUCAUUGGAGAAAGACCUGCAGACUCUGAAGACAGAGCUUAAGGACAGCCAAAAAGAGUUGAAAGAUAAAACGGAUGAAACCCUGGUGCUCCGCGCUGAGAAAAACAGGAGGAAAGAAAAUGAGAGGUACCUGCAGACCAUGAAGCUGAGGCUUGAGGAUGAGAAUAAAGAGGUGAAUGAGGAACUAGCUAAAGUCAAACAUGAGCUCAGGGAUGAACAUCAGAGGAGGACGGCUGCUGAGAUAACCAUGCAGACGCUGAAGAAGGCGCUGGGAGCCAACGAUGAAAAGAUAAAAGAAAAAGAGGAUGAAAUCCUGGAGCUCCGUGCUGAGAAGAACAGAAGAGAAGGAGAUGAGAAGGAGCUGCAGACCACACAGAGGAAACUCCAGGCCAACAAUGAAGAGCUGACCGAGGAAGUCUCUAAAAUAAAGCAGCAGCUUAAUAAUGAGAAGCAGAGGAGGAUGGACACAGAAAUGACUCUGCAGUCCCUGAAAACAAAGCUGGACGCCAACAGCAAAGAGAUAAAAGAAAAAGAGGGUGAAGUCCUGGAGCUCCGUGCUGAGAAGAACAGACGAGAAGGAGAUGAGAAGGAGCUGCAGACCACACAGAGGAAGCUCCAGGCCAAGAAUGAAGAGCUGCAAGAGGAAGCAGCUAAAGUACAGCAGCAGCUUCAGACGGAGAAGCAGAGGAGACAGGAAGCUGAGACGAGCCUACAGCAGCUGAAGAAGAAGCUGGAGACCAAAGACACAAAGGUAAAGGCAGCAGCUGAGGAAGCUGUGAAAGAAUCAGAGACCUCUGGAGAAGAAACUGAAUGA